AUGUCCCCGCCGAAAUCUACUCGCUCCCUCACUCCCACCUCCAGCUCCUCCAUCAAGAAGCUGCGGAGCAGCACCCAGCAGGCGCUCAAGCAGGGCACGCUGAGCUUCGCUGAUGCGAAGCGCACCGGCUCCACCGGCAGUCUCGCGAAGGGCAAGCCCGCGAAGGGGAAGCUCGCGCACGCGUCGUCUACCGCCUCGAAGCCCGCCAAGCCUGCAGCGGUCAUCAAUGUGAGCAGCGAUAGCGAUGUGGAUGUGGAUGAGGAGGAGGGGUUUGACUUUGAGGAGGAGAUCGAGGUGGAAGAGGGGUCGGGAAACACUAUCCGGAAGAGCAGAAGCGAGAGCGGGGAGCCGGCGCUGAAGAGGAGGAGGACGGAGGAGCCAAAGUCUGUGAAGGGCGGGGCGAAGGUCAAGGCGGUGUUCGACUCGCGCGAGGGGGAGGAGAACGCAGGUGUUGCGAAGGGUGCGAAGAAGGACAAGGGCAAGGCGAAGCUCGACCUCAAGGACCGCGCUGGGCGGUGGAGGAAACACUAUGGCGUCGUCCGGGAGAAGAUGGGCCAUCUCGAGCCUGUACACGCUGAGGGGCAAACAAUGAUUGACCACACUCUUCGUGUGUUUGAUCUCUCAUACGAGUAUGGGCCGUGCAUUGGCGUCACACGUCUGCAGCGGUGGGAACGCGCCGAAGCACUUGGGCUCAAUCCCCCUCCAGAGGUGAAGGAGAUUCUGCUCACGAAAGAAGGUAGCGACGACGAGCGAUAUUCCGAAUGCGUGUUCUACGGCGAGGUGUGA